AUGGCAGAUUCAAGCUCAACACCCGGCCCCAAGCCCAGUAGCAGCGUUAAGCUGGUUUUACUCGGCGAAGCGGCGGUCGGAAAGUCAUCCCUUGUUCUGCGAUUCGUAAACAAUGACUUUCAGGAAAACAAGGAACCUACAAUCGGAGCUGCCUUUCUGACCCAAAAAUGCUCCCUGCCCACCCGCACAAUCAAGUUCGAGAUAUGGGAUACCGCCGGCCAAGAACGUUUCGCAUCUCUUGCUCCCAUGUACUACCGAAACGCCCAAGCCGCUCUCGUCGUAUAUGACCUGACCAAACCAUCUUCUUUGAUCAAAGCCAAGCACUGGGUUGCGGAACUCCAGAGACAAGCAAGCCCCGGAAUUGUCAUCGCUUUGGUCGGUAACAAACUUGACCUGACUAACAGUGACGGCGUAUCGGCCUCUACCGGUGACUCUGCUCAGUCCCCAGACGCAACCAAUGAAGGUGAAGAGGGGGAGGCCCAAGAGGCCAGUGACGGAAACGACGAGCAGGAUGACGAACAGGGCGGUUCUUCCGGCGGCGAUGCCAGAAAAGUAUCGACGCAGGAGGCUAGCUCGUACUCUGAAGCGGAAGGUCUACUGUUCUUCGAAACCAGUGCCAAGACAGGUUUCAACGUCGCGGAGGUGUUCACGGCCAUUGCCAACGCAAUUCCCGAGGCGAGUCUUAAGAGUUCCAGGAGCGGUACCGGUGCCGGUGGAGCUUCUGGAAAUGCCGGCCUUGGUGCUGGCUCACGGUCUGGGGACGAUUCGAGGAUCAAUCUUCGAGAUAGAGGGCAGGUUGGUGCAAAGGAAGGUUGUGCUUGCUAG